AUGGCCGCCGUCGCCGUCGACAACGACGCAUGCGCGUGUGAACACACGCCGCACGCACCGGGCUACGCUCGCGUGAUCUCGGCCUUCACGUACGUGCCUGUUUCCUUUUCCUCUCCCGCUGGAAGCACUUCAGAAAAAGAAAAAGAAAAAAAAGGAGUCUACAUCCAGAACUUCCGGUUCUUGAAAGCAAUGGGAACACCAACCCCCAAACUGGUACUUUUCUACCCAAAGCUGCCACCCAUAGGACCAGCAGGGUUUGAUGGCACCGUACACCAGGGCAGCUACUGCAAGUAUCAAGAGGCCAUCAAACGUGCACAGCUCAAGAAAUAUGCCAAUCAACAGUACAGGGUGCCAUUGACCUGUGGACAAGAUAUUGGCUGGUGGCUGCCCAUGGAUCUGUCAGUCAAGCCAGAAGAUGCCAUACCUUGGAUAAGGGUACAAAGGCACCCCCAGGUGCGGAGCCCCAUGACCAAAUUUAUAGACAGCAUGGCGAUCAGCAACCCUCUCUUCAGCUUGUUCUGAGUGCCUCAUUGGGGAACCGUA